GCUGAGCCCAGCGGAGCCAAGCAGGGAGUGAGCGCCGCGGCUGCGCCCAGUCCAUGGCCCGUGCGCCCCGCUACCGAGGAGGAGUUCUCUCCAGCCGGUCUAGACCAUGAGCAAUGACUUAACUCCAUGGGACAACAUCACUGCCAGUCCCACGACGGUGUCCGGAUCGGUCAGCCCCCAGGAUGGCUCGGGGCUGCUGCUCGUCCUGCUCUCUGUCUUCAUUGGGGGGACGCUGGUGGUGUUGUCAGGAGCCCUGAUCCUCUGCCGGCGCUGCUGGGAUGCCCACCGCAGGUACUCCAGGGCCAGCGAUGACCCAGAGAAAACCACCACCACCUACCUGGAUGACUCCCAGCCUGCUCAAGACAUCACCAUCAAAGUGGACGACCCAGAAUGCCUGUCGUCUUCCAGUUACCGAGAUGUGGACACAGAGCGGUUCCUGGCCACCAGCUCCACAGGCCGCAGGGUCUCCUUCAAUGAGGCAGCCCUGUUUGAGCAGAGCAGGAAGGCCCAGGAAAAAGGGCGGAGGUAUACCUUGACAGAGGGUGAUUUUCACCACCUCAAGAACGCCCGUCUCACUCACCUCCACCUGCCUCCACUGAAGAUUGUCACCAUCCACGAAUGUGAUUCCAGCGAGAACAGUGUCGCCAUGACACCCCGCCUGGUCUCUGGCUCCAAGACCAGUCUCUCCAUUUUCCAGCCCCGGGUCAGCGCCCCGGCCCCGAAGGCCCUCACCGGCCACUCCAUGUGCCCCAGCUCCGCCCUGCCAGGGGACCCCUACAACUCCACCGUGGACACAACCAGCUUCGUGGAGGCCAGCCCAUCUGCGUCCACCGACUCUGGGGAGGGCACCUCGCCCGAUGCUGGUGCCAGGAGCUCCGUGGCAGGUGCUGUAGGGGGCAGGACAGGGGAGGCUGGGCCGGCUCCGGGCUCGGGCAGCGUCCUGCAGUUCUUCACUCGACUCCGGCGACAUGCCAGCCUCGAGGGGGCCAGCCCCUACUUCAAGAUGAAGAAGUGGAAACUUGAGGCCAGUCACCGGGCUUCCAGCUUGGACACCAGGGGCUCUCCCAAGCGCCAUCAGUUUCAGCGGCAGAGGGCAGCUAGCGAAAGCAUGGAACAGGAGGACCGGGACCCCCACCAGACUGACAUUAUCCAGUACAUCGCCCACACCGACGACAUGGCCUUCCAGCCAGCGGCUGGCCCCACCAGCCCUCCACCCACUCUCGGCAGGCUAGAGCCCCCGGACGUGCCGGGGGCAGCGGCAGCGGCAGCAGCAGCAGCAGUGGGCGCCGCCGGCGGGGUCCCCGAGUCCCCCCAGGAAAGCAGCAGCAGCAGCAGCAGCAGCAACGGGGUUGAGCAGCAGCAGCAGCAGCAGCAGCAACAGCAGCAGACCGUGUAUCGGGACAUCUGGAGCCUGCGGGCCUCUCUGGAGCUGUACGCCGCGGCGUCCGACCAGAGCAGCGGCAACGACCAGGACUCGGUGCGAAGCGGGGACAGCGCGGGCUCGGCCGGGGCCGGCCCCGGGUGCGCCCUCCUGCCGUCUCACGAGCUGGGCGACGCGGAAGCGGAGCGGGAGGCGCAGGCGGAAGCGCAGGCGGAUCGGGCCGGGCCCGGCCCCGGCCCGGGCCCCGGCCCCGGGGAAGGUGGCGAAGCGGGGCCCCGCAAACUGCUGCAGAUGGACAGCGGCUACGCGUCCAUCGAGGGCCCCGGGCGCGCCGGCGACGAGGCCGCCCCGGCCACGGCGUCCGAGAAGCGCUUCUGCUUCACGAGCGCCGGGCGCACGGGCACCGUGUUCGACAGCUUCGAGGCCGCGCUGGCGGCAGCCGAGGCCGAGGCCCGGCCCGGGCCCGAGGCCGAGCCGGAGGCCGAGGCGGAGCUGCGGGGCGCGCAGGGGCUGCUGCUGCUGCGGGCCUGGCCCCCGCACGGGCAGCUGCUCCUCCCGGCCUCCGCCUCCGCCUCCUCUGCCGCCGCCGCCGGCGGCCUCGCAGCCUCCGCCAUCCCCGCCGUCUCCGCCGUCUCCGCCGUCCCCGCCGCCGCCGCCGCCGCAGCCGGCGGCCCCGGCUCCGGGCUCGGCCCUGGCCUCGGCCUCGGCUCCGCGCCCCACGUGGCCGCCGCGCCCGAGCGCCCGCGCGCCCCCUUGCGGCGCGGAGACAGCGGCCCCCCGGACGCCCGCGGCUUCCACGGCCCGCUGCCGCGCAUCGUGAGCUCGGGCGACGAGGAGCCGGCCGACGAGCCGGCCUUGGGCCCGGGCCCGGCCCCGGGCCGCGCGCGCUCGCGCUCCCCGCCCGCGCCGAUCCAGGUCAUCGCCGAGGAGGAGCCCGACGCCCCGGGAGGCCCCGGCGAGGCCCUGGACCCCGAGCUGCUGCUGGCGGACAAGGUGGCCGCGGGGCUGGAGGAUCGCCUCUUCCCGGGCUGGCGGCGGAGGCCCGGGGACGGCGCCGAGCCCCCUGCCCACGGCCCUGCCCCGGUGGUGGCGGCGGCCGCGCCCACGUCCCCGGACCCCAGCCCGGUGUAG